GCCAGGGGCUCUUUGAAUAGAUCAGAGAAAAAUAAUGAAUAAAAAUGAGCUCGCCGCUCGGGCUUGGAGCCCACAGUGCGGAGAAUUUAACCAGGAGCCAAAUGCGUUUCUUAUUGCAGCGGUUGAGUCACUGGCAAGAUCUGCCUGAGGUGAGCCGGGCACAUCCGCGUUAGGACUCGGAGACACGCCUUCUUCUCACACAAACCUUCCUGAUCCAGUGGCCUCGGAGGACUCCCAGGGGUGGUGCUACCAGACCUGCCACUUGCAGUCCCGACUGGCAGGGGCUGGGGACCGCCUGGCUUUGGACCUAUCCCGAGCCACAGGUUGGAAAAAGAAGGAGCCUUUCCUAUGCCCGUCGCCCGGUGAAGCAGAUCGUGCUUGGUGGCCGGUCCCGCGGCUGGGGACGGGAAAGAGACGUCGCUGAAAUCUGACACCAGCCUCCUCGGCGCUGAAACUUCGCAGGCUGGCCUACCAACGCCAUCACUAUGACCGAUGGGGACUAUGACUAUCUGAUUAAACUCCUGGCCCUUGGAGAUUCAGGGGUUGGGAAGACGACAUUUCUUUAUAGAUACACAGAUAAUAAAUUCAACCCUAAAUUCAUCACUACAGUGGGAAUAGAUUUCCGGGAAAAACGUGUGGUUUAUAACACACAAGGACCAAAUGGAUCUUCGGGGAAAGCAUUCAAGGUGCAUCUGCAGCUUUGGGACACUGCAGGACAAGAGAGGUUCCGGAGCCUCACCACCGCGUUUUUCAGAGACGCCAUGGGCUUCUUGUUAAUGUUUGACCUCACCAGUCAACAGAGCUUCUUAAAUGUCAGAAACUGGAUGAGCCAACUGCAAGCAAAUGCUUACUGUGAAAAUCCAGAUAUAGUAUUAAUUGGCAACAAGGCAGACCUGCCAGACCAGAGGGAAGUCAAUGAACGGCAAGCCCGGGACCUGGCUGAAAAAUAUGGCAUACCAUAUUUUGAAACAAGUGCUGCUACAGGACAGAAUGUAGAGAAAUCUGUGGAAACCCUUCUGGACUUAAUAAUGAAGCGAAUGGAACAGUGUGUGGAGAAGACACAAGUCCCCGACACUGUCAAUGGUGGAAAUUCUGGAAAGCUAGAUGGGGAAAAGCCCGCAGAGAAGAAAUGUGCCUGCUAAACUCUACCUAGGAACUGAUAAUCAAGAACCCCACCCAAAUAUUCCUCCCCAAAGCAAUGAUAAGCCACACAAUCAUUGUUGAGUAGACCAUGAACAAAGGCAUGUCUUUCUUUUUCUGCCAGAUCUGUUUUAGGAAAUCAGAGUAGUCAACAGUGUUCGAACAAAUUGACCAAUUCUCCUUGAGCCCCUUCCAACACAAAGAUUUUUUUUUAAGGUGAUCUCACCAUCAUGGAUUUUUUUUUUUAAUAAAGAAGUUGAGCAUAUA